AAAAAAAGUCCUCUUUCAAAAACUCACGAAGAAGAAGACGGAGAAACGGGGGAAAACAGUAGAAGAAGAAUUCUGGUCAUGCGAUAAUAUUCAUAAUGGUAAAUGACUUCUUUUUGUAAAUAUAACAGCAUGUAUUUUAAGAUAUUAUUGUAGUGAAAGGGGGUUAAAAUGUCCUCUAGGUUUCAUUCUUUCUUAAAGAAGCUCAGUGUUGAUCGGUAAACGGUGUAAACAGAGUUAAAGGGGCUUAAAUGAAGUGUUAGCAUGUAGCUGUCUCAUCCUGUCAACAGUCAGUCAGUUUACCGACAGUUUGCUUCAGAGUUUGGGUUAAAUCUGGUGUGAAGUUUCAUAUAUUUAUAGUUUAAGGAUGUCCGGAGUUGAAUUUGCCCUGCUAAAGAUCCAAGUCCUGCCUUAAUUAGUCAUAUUAAAUCAUGAUGAUGAUGUGUUGACUGUCAGGGUACCCAGGUGAAGGAUGUCAUUAUAAAGCCUGAAGCUCCAAACGCUCUGCUGCUGGACAAACAUGCAGACUACAUCUCUGCCUACGGCUCCAAAAAGGACGAUUAUGUAAGUAAAGACCAACUGGAAGGAUAAAACUAUGACCCUUUUUAUCUACUUUUAUCUACUUACUUGUUACAUGCUGUAUGAAAGUUGUUGUGGUGGCAAUUUAGCAGUACGAAAAAGGUAGUUCUGUACAUCAAAAAUGAUUCCAGAGAGUGUAGUUCAAUGUGUGAUUCGUUCACCAAGUGAUUCAGUCGUCAGAACAUGUGGUCCCUCAUUCGCCGGCUGCUGGCCUGGCAGUGCUGUCUCUCACUUCAGCUCAACUGAACGAAUCACUUGAGGAAGUGACUCGGUUCAGUACAUUCACUUAAAAGAUUCGGUUCUUUCGAACAAAUCGUUCGCGAACGACACAACACUAAUGUGAAUUGUUAAAUCAUAGUAUAAAUCUACAUGUCCAGGAGUACACUCUGUCUGAAUACCUGAGGAUGAGCGGCAUCUACUGGGGGCUGACCGUGAUGGACCUGAUGGCGCAGCUGCCAAGGAUGAACCGUCAGGAGAUCAUAGACUUCAUCAAAGCGUGUCAACACGAGUGUGGAGGCGUCAGCGCCAGCAUCGGACACGACCCUCAUCUCCUCUACACACUCAGCGCUGUCCAGGUGACUCAUUUAUAGACUGCAAGACACCUGACAGUCCGACAAACUAGAUUUUGUUUCCCGCUGUAUAGAAUAUUUGCAUACUUCUCCAUCACGGAGCAGAGACAUCGUUAGACAUGAAUUCUCAAGUAAAGUUACAGCAGAAUAACUGUGAAGUAAAACGAAACACUUUUCACUUAUGUCCUUUUUCUUACCUCUCUUGCAUUGUCUCUUUUCUCCUGUUGAAGGGUAAACAUAAUAAACAUAUGAAUAAUAAACAAGUUUGUAGCUUGAACCAAGGGGAUCAAUACUCUACAAUACACAAUGCCUUUACUGCACAAAGUCUGCUCUAAACUGAGACACAAAAUCAACCCAGUUUUUUCAGUAGUAUUUAAAAGUAUCUGAUUUUAGUCUAGAUGAGAAAGUCAGCUUCUCCAUUCUAUAUCGAUCAUUACCUCUACCCAAUCCUCUAUUUUUGGUGCAUCUGUUUUCAGCCAAUUUCCACCAACAUUAUUCGAAAUAUGUAUUUUUCUCCUGACCUUGUUAUCUCCUGGUUUUCUUUCCCCAACUAUAAAACUUCAAAUGUAAGUGGAAGUUGCACUUUUAAAAUUGUUUCCAUCCUCUUCUUUAUCUCCUGCUAGUCAGGUAUAAUACCAGAGCAUCCCCCAAAAAUAUAAAAAUGAUUGGCCUUAUCUCCCCUCAUAGUCUCCAACAUCGUGUGUCUUGAGAUUUCUGCUGUAUUGGUGCAAUAAAGUAACUUACAAUAUUCUUCCAACCAUAUUCUCUCCAUGUGAGGGAACAUGUUGUUUUCCACUGUCCGUCAUUUACACCCUCCCAUUCCUCCUGGAUUUUAUUAUUUUAAGUAAGUUUAAUAGGUAUCUUAAUUUAACUUUAUACGAGCAGAAUCUCUAAAUUUGUUUGUCUUUCCAGUUACGUUGAUGACUCCAGCUCAUACGCAGCCUUAUCUGGACUCUUUGCCUUUUUAUUUUUAGUUUAACAUCUUCAUUCUUUUAAAAUCUCCUCCUCAGAUCUUGUGCUUGUAUGACAGCGUGGAUGCGAUCGAUGUGGACAAAGUGGUGGAGUACAUCAAAGGGCUGCAGCAGGAAGACGGCUCCUUUGCGGGGGACAAAUGGGGUGAGCAGAAGCUUGUCUUAUUUUUGUUGUUCGCUUCAUUUAUUUACAAAAGAAACCCUCUGAGUUUUUGGAGCUUUGGAGAUCUGAAGAUUCAAACGCAGGAACACAGUGACACCUGGUGACACGCUAACCUAAGAGCAACUUUUAAAGAGGUGGAAAAAAAAGAUUAAUUUAAGUAUGGGAAUAUUGUAUUUUCUGCUGCUGAUGGUAAAAAGAGUGUUAUUGUUUUUUAAAGUUAUUUUCAUGCUUUUUUUCUUCUUAGUUAAAUGGGACAACUGAUGAGACAGUAAACGUAGUCAGUAAAGAAAAUGGGAGGAAUUGCAGCAAAGACUCACAGCCUUAGAUUCUAAAGUUCGAUGUUUUUUUCUUACACAGUGACAAAUCACCUUCCUAAAUUAAAGGAAUACUACGUCUAAAAAUAGUGAUAUUUGUGUUUUAUGGAUGUUUUUAAGAAAUAAGCAACGUUCUUGUGCUUUUAUGACAAAGAUGAGUGAGGGAAUCCAUCCGAUUACACCCUCUACUGAUGCUCACAUGGUUCCUUAAGCCUCCCAACCCCUGAGAUAGGUGGGACAGAGGUAGCACAUCAGUAGGGUAACAGGUGGGCACCUCCCUUCACCAGUGUUAAAUUUAGUCUGGUCCACAACACCUUAGAGAGGCAUAACAGUUAGCUAUGGCUUCCCAGAAUUACCUUUCACACGCCAGCAUUCACCAUCCAUCAUAUCUAGCAGGACCUCCCCAUACAGCAUGGCCCCCCUUAUUGGACUCAAGCUCCAGGUAGUGAUAACACCUCUGCUGCAUUGUCCUACAACAUGAACCCUUCACCCACAACCCUUUAGAGAGGUGAAGUGUCUAAGGCCUGAUGUUAAGAGAGGGGAGACAGGGGAGGUAGAGCGUGGAUGAGAAGCCUGUUCACAGCUGGGUUAGGCUGUACACUCGACCUUCCCCUUCUCCUUUAUUUUCAUGAGGGCAGUAAGGAGAGAAAAGAGACAUGAACAAACCAAAAAGGAGAUCAAGAUUUUCAUGAUGUCAUUCAAACAAAAGCUGUUUGUCUUUCCAGGCGAGAUCGAUACCAGAUUUUCCUUCUGUGCUGUUGCUACACUUGCAUUACUUGUAAGUAUGUCAUUAUUUUUGUGUGUGUGUGUGUGUGUGUGCACUGAGACAGUCUGUGAUUUGAAGAUGACUCUCUGUCCUCUUUUCCCUCAAAGGGCAAGAUGGACACGAUAAAUGUGGACAAAGCUGUAGAGUUCGUCCUCUCCUGUAUGAACUUUGAUGGAGGUUUUGGCUGCAGACCUGGAUCAGAGUCUCAUGCUGGUCAGGUGAGUCCACUGUUAUACACACACAUACACGGCUCUGUUCUACUCCAUCAGCACACAGUCAUUGUGUCUCUCCUCUGUUAUCACCUCUGAUGACCUCACAGCAGGCGAUCUGCUGGUCCCACCAUCACUCCUCUGAGGCACUCAUAUUAAAGGGAUAUUUCGGCGUAAAAUUAAUUUAGGGUCAAACACACCAUAACACCGAGUUAGACACACCCUGGAGAGAUUAACAUUGUUGACCGCUUGCUUCUCUAGUUAUACCAACUUUAGUAACGACCGCCUGAUAGCAAUACACAGCUGUCUGAGGAGCCAUAAACAAACCUCAACCAAAACACCACUCUAUAGCCACAAAUAAUGCUCAGAACAGCACCUAACUUCGGUGUGUUACGGUGUGUUUGACCCUAAAUUAAUUUUACGCCGGAAUAUCCCUUUAAGGGCGAGAAGUUAGAGGGGCAUGAAUAUUACAUCUUUCAGUGACGUGGAAUUUCAAACUGACAAAAGACUGAAGGUUUUCAGUUUGUAAAGUUUCUGGUUGUGCAUCAAAGCUGUCUAGCAGUUCAAAUUCAGCCUACACAAACAUGAGGCUGCAGUCUGGUCUUGUGGGUGGGAGUUCUGAUUCAUAACUGAGAGGCUGUUGAUCCCCGACAGUAACAGGAGACGUGGUUUUCACUCUGGGAGGUGCCAGUUAUUACAUAUACACUCCUCCGCAGAAGCAACAUGUGUUAUAAAUCAUCCUCAAAUCACGUUUUUACCCUCUUCUCUCGUCUUCUUGGUCAGAUUUACUGCUGCACAGGUUUCCUGUCGCUCACCGGUCAGCUGCACCAGGUGAACGCCGACCUGCUGGGCUGGUGGCUUUGUGAAAGGCAGCUGCCGUCUGGAGGCCUCAACGGACGACCAGAGAAGGUUCGUACUGACACCAAAAUGACAAUGAAAUGGUUUCACUUUCAACAGCUCAGGGACAAAUUCAUCCCUGCUUUCAGCUGCUUGAGGUUUGAACUGCAGGAAAACCAUUUUCAGAGUAAUACAGACCUCUGUGCUGAGUGUUCGCCAAAGGGUUGCUGUCAAUCUGUUGUCUGCUGCUGAGCAAGUAAUGUAACACGAAAUGGUUUUCGAGCUGUUGUGCGGCAACACUGGCCCACUGUGGUUGAAAAUGACUCACAGGGUGCUGUGAGAGAGAAUAUAAACAAGUUUGGGGCCAGACGGAUAACAAGUGACUCUAAAGCUUUCUGGAGCCUCAUGAAAGAGAGAGCACCAGGUGACGGCUCACCACCAACACAACCACCUCCCUCAUGUUUUCAGUCUGUCAAUCAACAUAUUGUAAAAUAUCCACCAUGUCUGCGCAGUGAUUAAAUAAACGGAUAUGUUUAACCUAUGACUCACUUAGACGCAGUAUCAUGCAGAACAGGUGAAAAAUAAAACUUAAUACAAGAAUAACUCACUGAAAUAUCAGAUUAAUCCACAUUUAGCAAUAUUUGACCUUGAUUGUCUUUGUCUCUUUCAGCUUCCUGAUGUUUGCUACUCAUGGUGGGUUUUGGCGUCGCUGAAAAUCAUCGGUAGGAUCCACUGGAUCGACAAAGCCAAGCUGAGGACGUUUAUUCUGGCCUGUCAGGACGAGGAGACGGGAGGAUUCGCAGACAGACCGGGAGACAUGGUGAGCAGACGGACACAUCAGACUACGAACUACGUUAUAUUUCACUGAGAUUAUGUUUGUCUCUGUCACGAAUCAGUCACUCCCAACUCUCUAAAUGAUUCAUGAAUAAAACAAAAUAAAGAUAAGAGGUUUUAAAAGUCAAAUACUGUCAUGUUAUUUGACAGAUUUAAAAUAUUAGUUCAGUUCUCACAGUAAUGUUGUGGUUGGCAGCAAAAAACAGGAAAAUAAUCAUAAUUUCUGACGGUGUUCAGAGUUUAGUUUGAUCUGUGUCGCAGUGAGAGAGAAACAGCCUCCCCUCAGAAGUUCUUUAGAUGGGGAAAAGCUGUUUUUGUUUCAAAACGAACACAUGGUCUGAAAGUAAAACCAGAAUCAAAUUAAACUCUUAGAUUUCUUCCUUCCUGGCUAGAGUUAAGUCCAAGCCUCUUCAGUUUCUGGUCAGUUUCUCUAUGAGUCUUUAAACCUGUCAUCAGUACUUCUGUUAUGUCCGAGUUGAGCUGUAAAAAGUUUUGUGUAGAGUCUGAAGUAAAAGCAACCCGACUGGCCCAGAGUCUUCAGGAGUCACAGACACGUAAAGCUGAGUGUCAUUGGCGUAACUGUGGACAGAGAUGCUGUCUCCUGAUGAAUGAAAAAGAAAAGGUCCUAGAAUUGAUCCUUGCGGUGCCCCUUAGGUUUAUUUUUCAUUCAUUCCAGCCUGAAUGAAUUUGGUGGCACCAGAACUCAUUUGACCUCAAACCUGACUCAAACAUUUCUAAUUUAGUGUUCGAGUUUGUUAAACUGACUAAAAGAAAACUCAAAGUAUGCGUUCCACUCGUAAAUUCACUCUGCUGCUCUUUCUCAAACUCACCCGUUUAUUAGGACUAAUAUGAAAGAAGGCUGAGAGUAAGUCGGUCCCUUUGGGGGUUCAUGAAGCCUAAUUUAAUAAGUGGAGCCUUGAUACAGUGUUUUUAAACUCUGAGGUGUCUCUUAAAUACUUAAAUGAGAAUAUGUGUUUGUAGAAAGCUCAGGGGCCUUGAAAUGAUGGAGAGGAAACGCUUUCUUUUACCUCACUUCAUUUGUAGUCGUCUUUCUGAUCGUGUUUCCCCUCUCUCCUUUUUCACGCUCUCUGCAGGUGGAUCCUUUCCACACUCUGUUCGGUAUAGCGGGUCUCUCUCUCCUCGGAGACGAACAGAUAAAGCCGGUGAAUCCCGUUCUGUGUAUGCCUGAAGACGUCCUGCAGAGAAUCAACCUGCAGCCGGACCUCCUCAGCUAACCCUGUUACACCCGCGGUUCACUAUUGAGACACUCGCACACACACACACACACACACACUGCUGCCCCUCACACCCACACCUGCAGGGCUGGAUGUCGGGAGCAGAGAGAGAGAGGACCACCACAGAUGUGAAAGUGUUGGCUGACAGACACUUCCUGUCCUAACUACUGACAUAUAGAGACCCUAUGAUGUUGACUCUGCUUCCUCUGAGCCUUCCUGUCUUUAAUUUGUCAACCUCUUUUUAGGACAUCAAGUUACAGAGGAUAGAUGCUCUGAGGUGUAAACAUCCGCAUUAACCUUUGGAGGUGAAACAGGUAAUGUAACUGCCAGGGAGAUCAGUUUACGAUGUUUUCCUCGCUCUCAAAGGUCAAAAUAUUUGUCCUGCUCCCCGCUAAAGAAGUUAUUGCUGUGAUUAUCUAUUAACCUGAGACAGAGGCAGUCGAUGGCGAUGCUUCUUCAUUUGGACCACCUGGAAAAAAGCAAGAAUUUAAUCCGAAUGGCGCUUCAUUCUCAUUGGAUUCAAAGACAAGCAGCCUUUGUUGUUUUUUUUAUUUUUAUCAUAUGCAUGCUGCUCUGAAGGCCUCACUUGUUGUAAAAAAAAAACUACUUUUUAUGCAUACUACUGCACAAAAACAGACAUUGUUUGGCAUAAAAUAGGAGGAGGAACACGUAAUUAUAUUGUCAUGUAGUGUCUUAUCCAUAACCAUGUCCAGUUUAUGGUGCAGCCGUGGGCAGAGGGGUCUGAUCAGCUCCUGUACUGUGUGUCAAAUAAUUAAUACUUCCAGUCUUACUUGUUUAUGACUCUCAUGUCUCAUUUCAUCAAAGCUCUCUUCUGUCUGAAUAUCUCUGGUCUUACUGAAUACAGUUUUUAUCCGUCAUCUCAUGACUGUUCACGUUGUGCCACAGAUGAAUAACUUACAUAUUUAAUGUAAAAUAAAAAGAAUGACUAAAGAUGGUGAAACUCAAACUACAAUGAUCUUCUUGUUCAUCCGUGGAUGUAGCUCUCUGUCGCACAUCUGUCUGUGUGUAUCUUAACUUAUUUGUUCUUUAUGUUAGCAAUAAAAGUUUCCCUCUAACAG